AUGGAAGAUUUAGAAGAAGUUCCUAUUGUGGAGUAUAACACCCAGGCAACGGAACCACUUUUAACAAUUCAACCAUCUACAAUGACUGUAGAUGAACUGAAAGAAUCUGCCGUUACAGAAGGAAUGAAAGAAGUUUUUACUAAUUCCGCAGAAGAAACUGAAAACACGGCGGCUGAGGUAACAGAGAAAAUUGAAGAGAUUGAAGAUAGCGAAGAACAAGAAGAAGAAGAAGAAAGCAUAACAGAAAUUCCAGAAAUUCAAACAACUACAGAAAGUGGGCAUAGUGAUGAAUCUUUUGAAGAUAUUGAAACAACAACUGAAACAAAGCAUGACACACAUGAAGAUGUUUAUUGCACUGAUGACACUGUUGUAACUACUCCAACAGUAUUAGCACCUCCUCCGCAGUUCAACUCUUUGUUGCUUCCUUUGUUACUUCAACAGCAGCAGCAGCAGCAGCAACAGCAACAACAAAUUCUGUCAUUACCAACCUCUAAUCCCCUUCUUGGGUUGGCGCAACCUGAUCUUAACCUCUUGCCCAACAAUAAUUUAAAUUUAAACAACGAUAUUUAUAGCAAUAGUCCUAAACCUAAUAUUUUAUCGGAUUUAAGUAGCAACGAAGACUUUUCUGAAGAUAUUGAGGAAAGUGGUGAGGACACACCCCCUCCACAACCACCAUCCCCACCUCCAUCUUCACAUGUAAGGCAUAGACAAAGAACACCAAAACCAAGUCCACCAAAAAUGACAAGUGUGGUGACAUUGUAUGUAUCUGGUAAAUUCCCUGGUGAAUUCAGUACGGUGCUUUCGACUGUUAUAUCUGAUGAUACACAAACCGUGCGGAAACGUGAAGCAGUUUAUUAUGAAGAUGUUCGAGUAACUCCGACUCUAAUGCCAUCCAUUCACCAACUUAUUGGUUCGCAAACUGAUAUUUUGGAAAAUACGAUUACUUAUAAUGAACCUAAUUCUGCCCUGGAAGCUCAAAGUGAAACACAAAGCCUAGAAAGUAUAGUUGGAAAAAUAAGUGAUCAUAUACGAUAUGACGCAUCACCGACGUACGUUGUAAAAUUGGCAAAUCCAUCUGCGAUCACGGAAAAACAACAAAGGUCAGUGGACGAUGUCUCU